UAUGACGGUCCAAUUCUUACAUAUAGCACUUCGAGUCCAAGUUACUGGGAUAUAUAAAUAUUUCAGAACUUAUUUCAAAAAAUGCAGACGAUUUUGAGAACGCUAGAUGACUCUGUUAUCAAUUUUCAUUAAGUGCUAAAACGUGUUUUAGUUCAAACUAUAAAGAUCAAAUUUUACAAAAUGCAAGUUUCUAACCCCAAUGAUGUGAAGAUUUACAACCUAAGUGCAGGAAAGUCGUUACCAGAGUGGUUAACAGACAGAAAGAAGAGGCUCUUGCAGAACAAAGAUGUUGACAUUCGCCGUAGAAUUGAACUCAUCCAAGAUUUUGAAAUGCCUGGUGUUAGCACUUCUGUCAGAGUAUCAGGUGAUGGACAAUAUGUACUUGCUACAGGGGUUUAUAAACCAAGGGUGAGGUGUUAUGAUGUCAAUCAGCUGUCCAUGAAAUUUGAGAGAUGUUUUGACUCAGAAGUUGUAUCAUUUGAAAUCCUUUCGGAUGAUUAUUCAAAGCUGGUAUUUCUUCAGUGUGAUCGUUACAUCGAGUUUCAUGCAGCAUAUGGACGCUACCACAGGAUAAGGAUACCAAAAUUUGGAAGAGAUAUGGCUUAUCAUUAUGCAUCCUGUGACCUGUAUUGUGUUGGAGCCAGUUCUGAAGUUUAUCGAAUCAACUUGGAACAAGGAAGGUUUUUAAACUCGUUUCAGACUGAUGCAAACUCUCUCAGUGUGUGUAAAAUAAACCCUGUUCAUCAUCUGUUUGUCUGUGGUACUAAUGAGGGUCGGGUAGAAGCAUGGGAUCCACGUUCACGACAUCGUGUUGGAGUUUUAGAUUGUGCACUCAGCAGUGUAACUGAGGAAACAGAUGUAAAUGGGAUACCAUCUGUGACUGCCUUAUCUUUUAAAGAUGGUCUGCAAAUGGCAGUUGGUACAGCUACAGGACAGAUAUUAUUGUACGAUAUCCGAGCAUCUUCUCCUCUUCUGGUUAAGGACCAUAUGUAUGGACUUCCAAUUAAAGAUAUUGAAUAUCACGCUGGUAUGGACCUUGUGGUGUCUAUUGAUAGAAAGAUUGUUAAAUUGUGGGAUAGAACAACAGGAAAACCAUUUACAUCUAUUCAGCCACAGGCAGACCUGAAUGACUUAUGUUUGUAUCCUAACUCAGGAAUGCUGUUUUUAACAAAUGAAGACAGAAAGAUUUUAACAUAUUACAUUCCUAGUUUAGGACCUGCACCAAGAUGGUGCUCAUUUUUAGACAGUUUGACAGAAGAAUUGGAAGAGUCAAACCAUAACACAGUGUAUGAUGACUACAAGUUUGUCACAAGGAAAGAACUAGAAGAUCUGGGACUGUUGCAUCUUAUUGGUUCCAAUCUCUUAAGGGCAUACAUGCAUGGUUUUUUCAUGGAUAUAAGACUUUAUCACAAGGCAAAGGCUAUAGCUAAUCCAUUUGCCUACGAAGAUUACAGACGAAAGAAAAUUAGAGAAACGAUUGAGGCAGAGAGAGCAAAUAGGGUGAAAGUUAAUAAACUUCCAGCUGUUAAUAAAGAACUGGCUAAGAAACUUAUUGAUAAAGAGGAAGAUGAAAAAAAUAAAACAAAGAAGGGACCAAACUUGCUUGAAGACAAUCGAUUUAAGGCCAUGUUUGAAAAUCCAGAUUUUGAAGUCAAUGAAACAAGCGAAGAAUAUCGAAUGUUAAACCCUCAUAUUACCAAAUUAGACAAAUCCAAGAAAAAAAACAACAAGAAAAGGCAUCAAAUACAUUAACAGGCCAAUUCUGAGAAAAACCAAGAGUCUUCUGACUCUGAUGAAAGCAGUUCUGAUGAUGAUAGGGCUUGGGCUCAGGAAGUUAAGAAGACUUAUCGUUCAAUUCGUCGACAAGAAAGACUCAAAAAAGAUGAAUCAGAUACAGAUGUUCAUUCCCAACCAAAAUUCUAUGAACUUAAAGAAGGCCAGCAGUUUUCUAGCUUCAAGAAACCUGGAGUUAAAAUGAUGUCUGAAAACAGCAUGGCUACCUUAGGUGAACGACUUGAGAGUGUUGAAAAGGAAGAUGAAGCUGUCAGUCAGAGAGAUUUAUCGAGUGGUAGCCGUACAAUGACAUUUACAUUAAAGAAGAGUAAGCAGCAAGUGAAAAGAGAAGAAGAAAAUAAACGGCACUUACAAGAAAGAAGAACACUUUCUAGAUCAGCAAAAGGCAUCAUGAGUAAGCCAAGGUCAAAAUCCUGGCAACGUUCUGGUGGAAGACUUAAAUGAUGUAGUUGUGCUACAUUAUUAUGUAAAAAAAUGAUGUGUACAAACAAAGAAUUUCAUAAAAUCAAUAAACAUACAAUUGUUAUCUACAAAA